CCCAAGAUCCCGCGCGGAUCCGACUAACAGUUUGUCUUAUAUAUAAAUCUCAAGGUCGAAGGAAGCGAUCUGCCGCAGAAUCUUUGAAGGAGCAAGAGACUUUUGCGCCGACGUAACUGGAAGAAAAUGGAUUGCUGCCCUAAAGUAAAGAACAUUCUUCUUCUGGAUUCGGAGGGCAAAAGAGUGGCUGUUAAGUACUUUUCAGACGAAUGGGCAACAAAUUCAGCUAAGGAGGCAUUUGAGAAAACUGUAUUUACCAAGACACAGAAGACAAAUGCAAGGACAGAAGCUGAGAUAGGAAUGUUUGAGAGUAAUAUUGUUGUUUACAAGUUUGUCCAAGAUCUUCAUUUCUUUGUAACUGGAGGUGAAGAGGAGAGCGAGAUCAUAUUAGCCAGUGUGCUUCAGGGAUUUUUCGAUGCAGUUGGCUUGCUUCUAAGGGGCAAUGUGGAGAAGAAGGAGGCACUUGAGAAUCUGGAUCUCAUUCUUUUGUGCAUCGAUGAAAUUGUUGAUGGCGGAAUUACCUUAGAAACUGAUGGAGAUGUCAUUGUUGGAAAGGUUGCAAGCAAUACUAUUGAUUCUAACGCACCACUAUCUGAGCAGACUAUAAGCCAAGCAUUGGCCACAGCUCGUGAACAUUUUACGAGGUCUCUGCUCAAGUGAUAUACAUACAAAGAAGCUAGAUGCAAAUCAAUGGAUAGGAAGAGUCAAAAUUGUUGGCAAGGAUUUCCUUUUGUAGUUUGCUUUCUUUUGUUGGGUUGAGGGGAUUUGGAUUUGGGAGGUCUACAGAUAUUUUUUGUUGAAAAUCUGACCAUUGCUAUUAAGUUUGAAUGCAAACUAUGCUUACAGGGAAAUAAACAAUAGUGCUUUUGGUGUGUUUGA